CACAUGACACGUUUCCUGUCAAGAUGGCGGAUAAUCUCCCUUCGGAGUUCGAUGUGAUCGUAAUAGGGACGGGUUUGCCUGAAUCCAUCAUUGCAGCUGCAUGUUCAAGAAGUGGCCAAAGGGUUCUGCAUGUUGAUUCAAGAAGCUACUAUGGAGGAAACUGGGCCAGUUUUAGCUUUUCAGGACUGUUGUCCUGGCUAAAGGAAUAUCAGGAAAAUAGUGACAUUGUAAAUGAAAGCCCAGUGUGGCAAGAGCAGAUACUUGAAAAUGAAGAAGCCAUUGCUCUUAGCAGGAAGGACAAAACUAUUCAACAUGUGGAAGUAUUUUGUUAUGCCAGUCAGGAUUUGCAUGAAGAUGUUGAAGAAGCUGGUGCACUGCAGAAAAAUCACGCUUCUGUAACAUCUACGAACUCCAUGGAAGCUGCAGAUUCUGCCUGCCUGCCUACCGAAGAUAAGUCAUUAAACACUGUGAGCUGUGAGAUGCCUGCAGAACAAAUUCCAAGCAGUGAUCCAGAGAGUGCCCUAGUAGUAAAUGAUGCUGAGGUGACAGGGGAGAAAGAAAACCAUUGUGAUGAUAAAAUUUGUGUGCCAUCAACUUCAGAAGAAGAAACAAGUGAAAAUGUGCCUCCAGCAGAAGAUACUGCAGAGCAACCAAAGAAAAAUAGGAUUACUUACUCACAAAUUAUUAAAGAAGGCAGGAGAUUUAAUAUUGAUUUGGUAUCAAAGCUGCUGUAUUCUCGAGGAUUGCUAAUUGAUCUUCUAAUCAAAUCUAAUGUUAGUCGAUAUGCAGAGUUUAAAAAUGUUACCAGGAUUCUUGCAUUUCGAGAAGGAAGAGUGGAACAGGUUCCUUGUUCCAGAGCAGAUGUCUUUAAUAGCAAACAGCUUACUAUGGUAGAAAAGCGAAUGCUAAUGAAAUUUCUUACAUUUUGCAUGGAGUAUGAGGAACAUCCUGAUGACUAUAAAGCCUACGAGGAGAUGACAUUUUCUGAAUAUUUAAAAACUCAAAAAUUAACCCCCAACCUCCAAUAUUUUGUCCUGCAUUCUAUUGCAAUGAUAUCAGAGACAGCCAGCAGUACCAUAGAUGGUCUCAAAGCUACCCAAAACUUUCUCCGCUGUCUUGGGCGGUAUGGCAACACUCCAUUUUUAUUUCCUUUAUAUGGCCAAGGAGAACUGCCCCAGUGUUUCUGCAGGAUGUGUGCUGUGUUUGGUGGAAUCUAUUGUCUUCGCCAUUUAGUACAGUGCCUUGUGGUGGACAAAGAAUCUGGAAAAUGUAAAGCAAUCAUAGAUCAGUUUGGUCAGAGAAUAAUCUCUAAACAUUUUCUUGUGGAGGACAGUUACUUUUCUGAGAACACUUGCUCACAUGUGCAGUACAGGCAGAUCUCCAGGGCAGUCCUGAUUACAGACAGAUCUGUACUAAAAACAGAUUCAGAUCAGCAGAUUUCCAUUUUGACAGUACCAGCAGAGGAACCAGGAUCUUUUGCUGUUCGGGUGAUUGAGUUAUGUUCUUCAACAAUGACAUGCAUGAAAGGCACCUAUUUGGUUCAUUUGACUUGUACAUCUUCUAAAACAGCAAGAGAAGAUUUAGAACCAGUUGUGCAGAAAUUAUUUACUCCUUAUACUGAAAUGGAGAUAGAAAAUGAAGAAGUUGAAAAGCCAAGACUUCUAUGGGCUCUUUACUUCAAUAUGAGAGAUUCUUCAGACAUCAGCAGGAACUGUUACAAUGAUUUACCAUCCAAUGUUUAUGUCUGCUCUGGCCCAGACUGUGGUUUAGGAAAUGAUAAUGCUGUCAAACAGGCUGAAACACUUUUCCAGCAAAUCUGCCCCAAUGAAGACUUCUGUCCACCCCCACCAAAUCCUGAAGACAUUGUCCUUGAUGGAGACAGUUUACAACCAGAGGCUUCAGAAUCUAGUGCCACACAAGAGGUCAACUUAGAGCCUCCCAAGGAAAGUGCAAACCUGGGAAACCCAGAGGAACCCUCUGAAUAAUGGAUUUAUACCAUACUGGAUUCCCCACUUUGGAAAUCCCUACUGGCCUUAGUCUUCUUGAUGGAAGGAGUAUUUGAAAAAUGUUAGAAAGCAGCAGCCAGUUGAUGUACAGAAUCAGGAGAAAUAGGUCAUAGAAAUCCAAAAGGAGAUUUUCUUUACUGAGUACAUUCCAAGAACACAAAUCACUCGUAAAGCACAUUGACUUGUCUGUUUUAGGAUACCAAACCUGUGGGAUUAGCAGAUGAAAAUUAUAAAUGGAUUCCCAGGAAUAUAGCUAUAGACAUGAAAGUGAACCUAUGCACUGUUAAUUAUUCUCUAGUAUUAGGACAACUUUUGUUUGCCACAUAGGAUCUUUGGAUUGAAAGCUACAUCUUCAGAAUCAGCUCACAUACUUCCUUUAAUUAUUUAAAUUAUAUUUUCUUUAUGGUUAUGAGCAUCAUGACAUAAUUGAUAAAAGCAUAUGCAAAUUCAGUUGAAAAAAACUAAAGUAUCAUGACCCAGGCAA